AUGGCAUAUUUAGCUGAUAUUUUUAAUUAUUUAAAUAGCGUAAAUGCUGGUAUGCAAGGUAAAAACGAAAAUAUUCUUACAUCCACGGAUAAACUGUUAACAUUUAAAAAAAAAAUAUCUUUUUGGAGAACGCGUAUAAUUCAAAAAAAUACGGUAGACAUGUUUCCUUCAAUUAAAAAUAAUAAUGAAAUAAUUAGAAUAUAUAACAGAACAUUUAGCAUUAUUAGAAGAAAAAUCACGAAAUCCUUUCCUGAAUUGAAUAUUGAAAAGUAUGAUUGGAUACGAAAUCCAUUUUCUACCAUCAACAUGUCAAGUUAUGAAUUUACGUUAAAAGAAGAGGAAGAAUUCAUAACGCUAACAACAGAUCGAACUCUAAAAAUAAAAUUUUCCGAAAUAACAGUAGAAGAAUUUUGGAUUUCAGUUCAAACCGAAUUUAAAAAAAAGCAAUUUCAAUAUUAUUACAAUUUUCAACCUCAUACUUAUGUGAGCUUGGAUUUUCAACACUGA